CGUAUAAUAUUUUGAUUAAAUCCAAGUUUGCACCGAGUGGGAAAAUUAGGACACUCUAAAUAACCUGUUAUGGAGCCACCUAGUGCUCAAGCGGUUUCAAAUCAACCAGUUACCUACUAUUUAUUCUUCCUGAAACUGAAAGUAUAGACCGACAUUUUAAAUGCGGAAAUAGAAUCGCCAAGAACGAGGUAAGAACGUGUUGUGUCAGAGGCCAUGGACUCGGACUCGGACACAGAGGUUAAAAGGAUCCUCAGUGUGAGGAAGGAUUAUGGUCAUGAGCGACCAGAAGCCCCUCCCUCUAGUUAUGGCUCAAUGAAGAGUGACGAAGAGGAGGAGGAAGACAUCACAGAAACAACCGAGUCACUGGCCAGACCUGAGAUACCAGAAUCAAUCUUUGGCACCACAUUGUUACAGCUGAACCGUUCAGACUCACCAGAGACCCUUCACACCGAGUUCACCCAGCAACAGUCCCUCUCUGCCAGAAAACAUGGAGCGUAUAUCACUGACAGUAAAUCGGAAGAUGGUUUGGAGGUGGUGGAGGAGGGGGCAGAUGAGGAAGACUGGGACGGUUGCCCCCCAGACUCCCCAGAGCCCCCACCCAUCGAGGAGCCCGAGGACCAAUCAGUGAGUGAUGAGCAGAGUGAAGACUCACGGCUGGGCCAGCUUCACCCUGAGCUCGACCUCCCGUACAUAUUUAAGGCCAUACAGAAAGCCUUGUCUCAGCUGACAGACGCUGAGAUGUACCAGUACAAGCGCAGCCUGUGUUGGCGUGACCGGCCCUUCAAACUGGAGCAGCUGGAGGAGUGUGACACCCUGGACGUGGUGGACAAGAUCAUCGAGGCAUAUGGGAGGGGUGAGGGGUUGGAGCUAGCCAUACAAACCAUGCACGAUAUCCGAAAGCCUGAAUUGGCAGAAGAGCUGACCAAGACAUGCAAAAGAGCGCUGGUCCAGUUGUCUGUGAAGGUUGUGCUGAAGAGGAAACACAGCGUCAUCCACGAGGGCAUCCCAAAGGCCGGCCAGCAAGUCAACCUCCGCAAAGUGUACACCGAGCCCCAGAUAUCCUCCUGUGGCCAUGGUGGUAUCAGCCCGUUUCAUGAGUUCCCUGGCAUGCCCCCGCCCCCUGUCCCCCAAGUGGCCUGCCCCGAUACGUUUGUCAGAGGGAAUGAUAUAUUCCGCACCCCUCCUGGGAGCGGUGCUAUAAGGACUGCCCUGACCACAGGGAUCCCUGGGAUAGGCCUAACGGUCGCCGUGCAGAAGUUCAUUAUGGACUGGUGCAAAGAGCUAGCCAAUAGGGACAUCCAGUUCAUCUUCAAAAUCAACUUCCGGGAGUUGAGGGUGAAAAAGACUCAUCACAUGAAGCCUGGGCAAACUGUGUCCUUCACCGAAAUUCUAACCUACUACUACCACGACUUGAACAACACUAAUUUACUGGCACAACCUGACUUCAAGGCUCUAUUCAUACUGGAGGGAAUGGACCUCUACCAAUCCCCACUGGACUUCAAGGCCACUCCUGUUGUGUCUGAUAUCACUGAGUCGGUCUCAUUAGACUCCCUGUUGGUGAACCUGAUCCGAGGGUCUCUGAUGCCCUCCUCCCUGGUCUGGGUCACUGGCAGGCGUGCCGCCACCUCUCAGAUACCUACAGAGUACCUACACAAGGUGUACGAGAUACAGGGCUACAGUAAUGAGUUGAAGGAGGAGUUCCUGACCAAACGCUACACAGACAAGGAACUAGCUGCUCAGAUCAUCAGCCAUAUGAAGCUCUUGCCCUCGCUGCACGACCUGUGCCAGAUGCCCUUCAUGUGCUGGAUGGUCUCCAUGAUCUUCGAGAGGGGAUUCCAGAACGAAGACGACUACGGAGACAAGCCCCCUAAGCUGACACCCUUCUAUGUUCACUACGUGAUCGUUCAGACCAAUCGCAGGCUGGAGAAAUACUACGAUGCCCCGCAAAACCACCAGACCUGGCAGGAGACAGACAGAGAGUUCUUGAAAAAGGUGGGCAAGAUGGCUUUUAAGCUCCUGGAGAAGGGUCGCCCUGUGUUCCACGAGGAGGACAUGAAGGAUUACUCUCUGACCUUGGAGGAGGUGGCUGUGUACUCUGGCAUCGUGACCGAGUUGCCACCAGAGUCGAACAAGAGGCGGACAUUCAGUUUCAUACACUACACCUUCCAGGAGUUCAUGGCAGCCCUCUAUGUGUUCAUGAACUUCCGCGCGGAGGGGAAGAAUGUGCUAGACCAGUCCCGCAUCAUCUCCCGCCUCGUCAAGGACCGCUCCAUGGUGGACCUGCUCCGCAGCGCCGUCGACCGAACCCUGAGUGCGCCUUUCGGCCGAUACGAGAUGUUCCUGCGCUUCCUGUGCGGCAUGGCCCAGAGGAUCAACAGCAGAGACAUGCUGCGGGGGGUCUUCUUCGAGCACGACACCCCUCUGGUGAAGGGGCUGGAGGAGGCGGCCAGGCUGCUGCGGAAGAGGAUGGAAAGCGCAGAGCCCGAGAGACAGGCCAACCUGGAGGAGUGCUUCAGAGAGCUGACACAGUCUGAUGACUGAACUGACCAGGGGAGGACUUCCUGUGGCGCAUGGCUCAGACCCCUACACAUGCCCCUACACAUGCCCCUACACAUGCCCCUACACAUGCCCCUACACAUGCCCCUACACAUGCGUAUCCUCUUAACAUUUUUACAGUAAGUACAGGGACAUUCUCCCCGAGGCAAGUAGGGUGAAGUGCCUUGCCCAAGGACACAACGUCAUUUGGCAGAGCCGGGAAUCGAACCGGUAACCUUCAGAUUACUAGCCCGACUCCCUAACCGCUCAGCCACCUGACUCUCCUGUUAUGCUGAAACCUGGAGACACAAAGCCCCGACUCCAAACCACACACUGUCACUAUGUGAAGGCUGAGACACGGUGUUGACCUACACUAGUUUUAUAGACCAACAUAGAGGAAUACGAUUUUAAGUGUUAUUUGGGGGAGUGGCUGUGUCAUAAUUAUAAGGCUUGAAUCUUGUGAGUACAUGAGGAUCAACCCGUUUUAGUGAUUGAAGUGUGAAUGCAAUCAAUGAUCUAUAAAAGUAAUAAAUGUACUUGAGUGGUGAACUGGGCUCGUAACUUACCUUUUUCCUCACUGUCCCAGUACCGUCCCGAAGUGCAAAAUGAACUGUCCCAAACUGAACUUGACCUGUCUCAAAAAUGUUAAUUCUUGUG